UCAUUAUGACAUUUUACCGAUUGUGUAUUUUUUUUACUACAAUUGAAGUGAAAUAGACUUAAUAUUAUUUUGAAAUUAUGAACUAAAUCAAAGAUCUAUAAUCAUAAUGGAUCAAAAUAGGGUUAGAAGAAGUGAUUUAGAUGUAGACAGUUUUGGGGGUGUAGAACCAGAUUAUGACCGAGCUCGGAUGAGACGACAAUCUGGAGGUUUUGUAGACUUAGGUAAUGAAUCACAAUAUGGGACAGGUGGGCAUCAGGCUUCUGGCGCUAAUGAAAUUUUCGCAGAUGUACAGGGUGAUGUGCCUUGGUGGAAAUCAAAUUUCUUUAUAUCACAACCAGUCCUGUUUGGGACAUGGGAUGGAGUUUUCACUUCUUGUUUGAUCAACAUAUUUGGUGUAAUUGUAUUUUUAAGAUCUGGAUGGAUGGUUGGUCAGGCUGGAUUAGUUAAUGCAGUUUUAAUUGUUAUCUUCACAGUAUUUGUUGCACUGAUCUCAGUUUUAUCAGCUGUGGGAAUAUGCGAACGAUGUAGGAUAGAAAGUGGUGGUGUUUAUUUCUUGUUGGCUCAUACAUUAGGAUCCAGACUAGGUGGGGCUUUAGGAAUGAUAUAUUGUUUUGGACAGGCAGUAGGAUGUGCGCUAAAUGUAUUUGGUUUUGGUGAAUCCAUGGCAGAUCUCGUAGGCACAGACAAUACAUGGGCCGCUCGGGGCUUUGCUGUUGCAGCUGUGUUACUAUUAGGCACUAUAAAUGUGGCUGGUGUAAAAUGGGUUAUAAAACUGCAAUUCAUACUUCUAGUCAUAAUUUUGGCAGCAGCUUUUGACUUUUUCAUUGGAUCCUUUACAACAGUGCCAAGUAAAGAAUUUAAGGGUUGGUUAAGUGGGACAAUGGCAAAUAAUACUUGGGCGGACUAUCAAGAUAAUUAUACCUGGUUCAAAUGUUUUGGAGUGUUCUUUCCAACUAUAACUGGUAUAUUAGCAGGGAUUAAUAUGAGUGGAGAUUUAAAAAAUCCAUCAGCAAAUAUCCCUAAUGGUUCUUUAGCAGCAAUAAGUACAGGAACUUUCCUAUAUUUGAUGUUCAUAAUAACAUUAGCAGCUACUGUCAGUAGAGAUGCCUUGUUGAAAAAUUUUUCAAUAACAGCUGAUAUAUCAGCAGUAACAGUACUACUUCUGGCUGGCUUGUAUGUCAGUUCGAUGAGCUCAUGCCUUGGAGCUAUGUAUGGGACUCCAAGAGUAUUACAGAGCAUUGCCAAAGAAAAAGUUAUACCAGGAUUGGAUGUUUUAGGUCAUGGGAGAGGUCCCAACAAAGUACCCAUAUAUUCAAUGGUUGUAGUAGCAGUAGUGACUGUAACGUUUAUCAUUAUCGGAGACAUAAAUAAACUUGCACCAAUCGUCACAAUGCCUUUUCUUAUUACCUAUGCUAGUAUAGAUUAUUCUUAUUUUGCUCUCGCCCAAACAUUUGAUUUGCAACAUAAACGUGAAAUGAGAUUUCAGGGAAAUUCUCAGCGGGAUACCCAAGUAUAUGGUGCUACAGGCUCUGAUCUCGACCUGUUAUUCCCUGAAAGGAUAAGGCAUAAAAAUGUUGGGGACUUUACUCCAUCACCAACUGAUUCAGCUAUAAUGAAUGGACGAAUGGCAAAUGGGGAUGGAAGGCGACCCAGUAUAAAUGUUCAUUCGAAAAAUAAAAAUUGGUAUUCACACCUGUGCAAUAGAUGGCUGUCAUUAGUAGGGGUAGCUAUAAAAUUAUUGUUAAUGUUAUUGGUACAUUGGAUAUAUGCACUGGGCUGUCUGUCCAUACUUUGGCUACUGUGGCUGUACAUCGGUGCCGCUAACCCCGCAGUCAAACCUGGAAGGGCGUCAGAGUUCAGAUUCUUCUACUGGCUGAAGAUAGCCUUUUUGCAAGCCAUUGGAAAACGUCCAUUGGAAUAUGAACAAUUAGUAGUAACUCCGGUGCAUGUUGAUAUACAAAUGGAGCAAGAAAGAUUGAAUGAUGAUAACGAAGACUUUGCCUCAAGGAGACGUUACCACCAGUCCACAGCUGUUCAGAGCAAUCUGGUCAACAUACAUACUUAAUACUCUUCUGGUUGUAUUUCUAACAUUAAUACAAACAACUCUAUUGUAAAGAAUUCAUAGAUUUAAUUUAUUAUGUUAAUUGCAACAGUCCUUAUAGCAACUUAGUCAUUGUCAAUAAGUUUCAGUUAAAACAUAAACAAUAAAUAUUAUAAUAUCAAUUUUAAUUAUGAAAAAUUUCAUAGCAUUGUCGCUUAUUGGUAAUAUUAAUGUGUGUUUUUAUACCGAGGCUUCCAUAUUAUAAUAUUCAUGAUUAUAUAAUAAUUGUAACUUAUAAAAAUAUUAUUAUAGACACAUAAAAGUAAUAGUUUUAUGUCUUCAUGAUAUAUUCUUUUUAUAUCUUGUGCUGUUUUAGCCUUUCAUAUCAGGUAAAUAUUGAUAAUAAUGCACACUAAACAUUUCUUGAUUUACUCUUUCAUUCCAAAUGCAUUUCAUUUUCUUAGGACUUUCUUUUAUUCAAUGAAAUUUGUACUAGAUUUGAAUUUAUUUAUUAUUCUUAACAUUAAUAUAUAUAUCCAUACUUAGGUAUUUAUAUUCAAUGAUAUGUUAAAAAUGUCUUUUUAAUAUGGUUAUUUAAUAGUAAAUUUAGCUUUGACUGACAUUUCACAUAUUUAUUUGUUAAGACAUAUCUAUUAAAAAUUGAAAUUUAAUAUGAAUUUGUAUAAGAUUUUUUUAUAUUUAAUAAUAAUUCUUUUUAAUUUGUAAUUAUAAAUAAACUCGUAGAAGCUGUAAGACUAAAAAUGCUUAUUUUAAUAAAAUAUUUUAAACUUUUUAA